AUGGCUCAAUUAAUUGUAUUCAUACGUUUCGAUCGCAAUGAUGAAAUUAUUGAAGAGUUUUUGUUUUGUAAGCCUUUACAAACCCACACAACAUCAGAAAUUAUUUUUACAACCAUUAAUGAAUAUUUGAUUGAANUCACAGUAUUAUGUAACGAAAUGGGCAGUACUCAUAACUCUCUUCUUCUCCACACAGAGGUAAGGUGGCUUUCACGAGGAAAAGUCCUCACCAGACUAUUCGAGCUAAGGUCAGAAGUUUUAUUAAUUCUGACUGAUAUUGAUGAAGAAAAGUCCAAAUUGUUUUGUGAUGUCGAAUGGCUGUCAAGACUAGCUUACAUGGCUGACAUAUUUGACCGUUUAAAUAUUUUAAAUUUAAGUCUGCAAGGAUCAAACACAAACAUGUUUUAUACUAGUGAUAAAGUUAAUGCAUUUGUGAGAAAGUUGGAUUUAUUUAUUUCGCAAGUAUCUAAGAAUGAUCUUUCAGCAUUCGAGACACUUAACACAUUUUGGAACGAUAACGAAGUUCAGCCAAAUUCAAAUAUAAUUACAGACAUUUCGGAACACCUACAAUCACUAAAAUCCAAUGUUUUACAAUAUUUCCCUGAGGAUAACUCAGAAAUGAAAUGGAUCAUAAACCCUUUCGUAGAUGAUUAUAUUAAGAAUAUUCCAGAUGGCAUUUUGGCAAAAGAAUUAUUUAUUGACUUAACCAGUGACUCUACCCUAAAAACCGCUUUCAAUAACAAAAAUAUCACUAAUUUUUGGCUGGACGUGAAAAAAGAAUACUCGGCAUUGUCCACACAAGCUUUACAGUUUUUAAUCCCUUUUGUAUCAACAUAUCUGUGCGAAAAAACAUUUUCUGACUUAUUGUACAUAACAAAUAAAUAUAGAAGUAGAUUAAACGUAGAAAGUGAUUUAAGACUUAAAGUUACCAAUUUGGAGCCCGAUAUUGAUGUCAUC